UUUUUGGAAGUGCCGCAGACUCUUUGGUAAGACUUGGGGCAUCUCUCCAAAGAUAACGAUGUGGAUGUAUCGGUCCAUUGUAAGACCGAUUAUAUCUUACGCAUCUAUCAUAUGGUGGCCGAGAGCUGAUGUUAAAGCGUCCGCUCGACUGCUACAAAGGCUUCAAAGAAUGGCUUGUCUCGCCAUUACUGGAGCUAUUAGAACCUCUCCUACUGCUGCAUUGGAGGUGAUUCUUGGCCUGCCACCGCUGCCGCUCUUUGUUAAGGCGGAGGCGGAGAUGUCUGCUCUUAGAUUAUCUUCGGUCAAUGAGUGGAAAUCAGGCGGGACUCAAGUCGGCCAUGGGAAAAUUCUCAAUAAGGCUUACAGACGCCUCCCAAAACUAAAAAUGAGGGAGGAUUUCACAUCGGAACAGAAAGUUCCGAAACAAUGUGUCCAGGCAUUUCUCCACUCAAGGGACGAGUGGGCAAAUGAAGCUGAGGCGAUAAUCUCGUCAAAUUCCAUAUCCCUAUUUACAGACGGCUCCCUCACGGAAGGAUCAGCCGGGGCAGGGUACAGCUGUCUGGACCCACCAGUCUCUGGUUCAAUUCCAUUGGGUGAAAACACCACAGUUUUUCAAGCUGAAGUUACAGCUAUCAUACUUGGUCUUCUCGAGGUGGCGAAUGCUAACAUUGAGAACAAGAGUAUUAGAAUUUUUUCGGACAGUAGAGCUGCUAUCCAGGCCAUUUCUGGCUGGGAUACGCGUUCCGCUCUAGUGUCUGAAUGCCAAAAAGUGAUAGAGUCGGUCUCACAGAAUUGUGGGGUUACUCUUCAUUGGGUACCAGGUCACACUGGGAUUAUGGGCAACGAGGAGGCGGACAGACUUGCCGUGGCAGGUGCACAGUCAUCCUUCAUCGGACCAGAACCAGCUGUAGGAAUGGCCCUACAAUCUAAAAAGUCCCUCAUUAAGGACGAUCUAAGGAAUAGCCACCAGUUGGCUUGGAGAUCGACACCCAAAUGUCGGGUCUCCAAAAUAUUUAUGGUGGAUCUUCUGAAAAGCAGAACUGACUUCGUUGUUGGAAGUAAUCGCUGGAAAUCCCGGCAAUUUUGCAACCUGGUGACAGGCCAUUGCUUACGCAAGCACCUUCACCGUUUGAAACUCUGCAAUGAGAUCAUUUGCAGAGGAUGCGGCGAGGAGGAGGAGACUGCUGUACACUAUGUGUGCGAAUGUCCCAGCCUCGUCAAUCACAGGAGAUUAGUGUGGGGUAAGGGGUUCCUGACUCCUAGUGAGCUCCCACUACUGAAUCCAGUCAGUCUUAUGCGAUUUGUUCGCAAAACUGGCUGGAUGAAUUAAAACACCAUUUCGAUGGUUAAAACUCCUUACGAGUUAAAAGGGGAUUGCAUAAGGGGCCCAAAUAGAGGCCUGGGUGCAGUCGGCUGCUCAUGCAGCCGCCCCCUUAUUUUAAUCUAAUCU